CCAAUCAGGGCUGCAAGCCCAGCAGCGCGCAGGACCUGCUGCCCGGCGUUCUGCAAGUUUGCCUUUUGCGCUCGCCACGCCAAGCGCAACCCACAUUCACCGUAGCGCAAUUGCUUACCCAGUAGAUCUUUGUCAAUCACGCCUAGCAAUGUCGGCCAACUCCUCGCCGCGCGCGCAGCGCAUGGCGAUGCUUGCGGCGUCCUCGGCGACGGCCCAGCAGGCUACCGAGCCUGCGGCCUCGACUGAGCCGUCCUACAUCUGCACCUCGGUCACGGCUACAACCGUAGAGAGCUUCCUCGCUGAGAUCCAGGAGGCUGCGGCGAGCGGCGUGGACAUCAUCGAGCUGCGCCUGGAUUUCCUUACCGAUUUCGACCCGGAGCAGCACCUGGAGAAAAUCAUCAAGGCGUGCCCGCUGCCCUACAUCGUCACUUACCGGCCCGUCUGGGAGGGCGGCAAGUACGAGGGGCCGGAGCCGGAGCGGCUGGCGGUGCUCAAGAUGGCGGCGCUGAUGGGCGCGCCCUACGUGGACGUGGAGUUCAAGGCCUCGCCCUACUUCUUCGCGGACCCGCACGAGGUGCCGCUGAGCACCAAGGUCAUCCUGUCCUACCACGACUUCAAACAGACACCCGACGCCGCCGUGCUGAACAAGUUGGCCACCGCCAUGCGCCAGGCGGGCGCCGACAUUGUGAAGCUGGCGGCCAUGGCCAACGACAUCGGCGACGCGGCGCGCAUGCUGGACCUGUUGAGGAACAAGGACGGCCCCAUGAUCGCGCUCUCCAUGGGCGAGCGCGGCCAGAUCGUGCGGCUGCUGGCGGCCAAGUACGGCGGCCACCUCACCUUCGCCGCCAUGAGCCCCGAGCGCGCCUCGGCCCCUGGGCAGCCCGACAUCGGCAGGCUGGCGGGGCUGUUCAACUACCGCAAGCAGUCUGCUGCCACCAAGGUGUUCGGCAUCAUCGGGAACCCGGUGGCUCAGUCCAAGAGCCCGCUCAUACACAACACAGCCUUCCAGCACAUUGGCUUUGACGGCGUGUACGUGCCGCUGCUGGUUGACGACCUGGAACGCUUCCUGGCCGCCUUCAAGGACUACGACGACUUUGCAGGUUUCAGCGUCACCAUCCCCCACAAGGAGGCUGCGCUGCGUGCUGCCAAGGACGUGGACCCGGUGGCCGCACAGAUCGGCGCCGUCAACACACUCAUACGCCAGGCUGACGGCAGCUUCAAGGGCUACAACACGGACUGGGAGGCUGCCAUCAGCGCCAUUGAGCGAGGCCUCGCAGGAGUGGCCGGCGGCGCGGCGGCAGCGGCGGCCGCAGCGGCCAAGAACGCCGGCACGCCAGCGGCGGAGAGCCCGCUCAAGGGCCGGACGGUGGUGGUCAUUGGCGCGGGCGGCGCGGGCCGCGCGCUGGCCUUCGGCGCAGCGGCACGGGGCGCGCGAGUGCUCAUCGCCAACCGCAGCCGCGACCGCGCCGAUGCGCUGGCGGCGGCGCUGGCGGCGCAGUACGGCAGUGCGGCGGCGGCGGCGGUUAGUUACGAGGAUCUGGCUGGCGGGCGGGUGGUUGGCGACGUGCUGGCAAACAGCACCAGUGUGGGCAUGGCGCCCAACACGGAGGAGAGCCCCGUGCCGGCGGCGGUGGCGGGCCAGUUCAAGGUGGUGUUUGACGCGGUGUACAACCCGUUGUGGACGCGGCUGCUGCUAGACGCCAAGGCGGGCGGUGCCACGCCCGUGGACGGGCUGCAGAUGUUUGUGGGGCAGGCGCUGGAGCAGUUCCGGCUGUUUACCGGGGGUUCGGAGCCGCCGGCAGAGCUGAUGGAGCGGACGGUGGAGGAGAGCAUGGGCGUGAAGAAGUAGGCUGGGAGGUAGAGCAGGGGAGUUUAGCAAGGGAGUAAAGCAAGGGAGGCUGGGAGGGAUUGUUGGCGUGGGGUUUUGGUUGGAGGCAUCAGGACUGAGGCGGGUCGUUGUUCGGGGGUUGGGGUGCGGACGGAAUGGGUGCAGGGCGGAUGGGGUUGUAGCGGCAAUGGACGAGCGGAGAGUGGUAGAGAGGUAUGCGGGAAGGUGGGAGCGGGGGUGUGGAUGCGGCAGAUUGCGGAGCAGGCCAGCAUGUGGGGCGGGCCAGGAGGUGUGGACCAAUGGGCCGUGGAGGAGGUGGACACUGGGUAGCCUGCGGUAUGCCUGCUGCGUUGUGCUCUGCCUGCCGUUAUGAGGCAGACGCAUGUACAGUUGUGCACAGGACGGGGCCACAGGGGUCUGCCGCGGUGUAUGCAGUGGGCUGCCGCCCAACGUUGUCACAAGUUCCCG